AUUUGGAAGGGAAAUGGUGUCUCAGGGUGAGAUUUUCCCACAUGUCAGCAGUUAUAGGGCAUAUGAAGGGCAGUUAUUAUCAAAAGCAUAUGGUUAUGAAGAGUCUUCAUUGUUGUGUGUGUGUGUGCGAGUGGCACAUAUUUACAUUUCUCCAUACAGGAUGCAGAGAAUGCCAUCCAACAGAUGGGCGGCCAGUGGCUGGGUGGGCGGCAGAUCAGAACUAACUGGGCCACGAGAAAGCCCCCAGCGCCCAAAGCCACCUAUGAGACGAAUACCAAGCACCUGUCUUUUGAGGAGGUGGUCAACCAGUCCAGCCCCAGUAACUGCACUGUCUACUGUGGAGGGGUCACCACAGGCCUAACAGAGCAAUUGAUGCGGCAGACAUUCUCCCCCUUCGGCCAAAUUAUGGAAAUUCGUGUUUUUCCAGACAAAGGCUACUCUUUUGUGAGGUUUAACUCCCACGAGGGUGCAGCCCACGCCAUUGUCUCUGUCAAUGGCACCUCCAUAGAAGGCCAUGUGGUCAAGUGCUAUUGGGGCAAAGAGACGACAGAAAUGGUCAGUCCCAUGCAGCAGGUACAGCAGAUGCCCCAGCAGCAGAACAAAGUAGGCUUCGCUGCCCAACCGUACGGGCAGUGGGGCCAGUGGUACGGCAACACCCAGCAGAUCGGCCAAUACAUGCCCAACGGCUGGCAGGUACCCGCCGCCGCCUACGGCGUCUAUGGCCAGGCAUGGAACCAGCAGGGCUUCAACCAUUUACAGGCCGGCGCUGGCUGGACGGGAGUCGGUGCCAUCAGCAAUGGGGGCAUGGUGGAACCGACACAGGGAGUCAACGGAACCAUGCUCGCCAACCAGUCUGGCAUGGGCACGGCCGGCUACCACACACACUGAUCGGACUGAACCAACUUGAGCGAGGGGGGUGAUUGGGUUUGGGGUGGGGGGUGGUGACAUCUUCAGACACCUCCGCUGUGACCUAGAGAGGGGUGGGGUGGAAGCCUGUGCCGUUGGGAGGGGGUAUUAAAAGAGGACCCCUGCCCCCCUCAAGGGUCUCCCGUCAUCCAGGCGUCCAUGAUGGGGAGCGGUGUGUUGCCAUUUGACUGUUCCCCAACACCUUCCACCUGUAAUAUUUUUUUCCAUGUAAAUGUGGGCGGACGAUUCAAAGCAAGUUCCCCCAUUUUGUGUCUGUGGGGGUUCCAAAGCUAUCCUGCCAUGGGAUUUAGACAUACACACUUUUUGAAUAUACAUACACAUAUACACACAAAACAUGUAUGUAUACUGACACGCACACACAUUUACACAAAGUCUUCGGCCUGGAGUCCGAUUAAAUCAGAGAGGACUAUGCCAUUUUUAAUUCAAACAAACGUGCUAUAAAACGAAUAAAACUCAUUACACAGCCGCUUUUUUUUUUUCUUUUUUUUUUUUUUUCUUCCAUCUUGCUUUUUACGUUUAGAGCAUUUUCAACUGCUGAUCUGGUAUGAAUGGAGCUUUGCCUUUUUCUUUCCUUCAUUUUGGGACUCAUUUUUAUCUGCAGUUCUCAUGAGAGCUGCUGACAUGGAAUCAUGUGAAAUAUGAGCCUAUUGGUUUUUUUAUGUUUGUAAAAAACUAUGAAUAAAAUGGUUGUCAACUGUUGUAUUUUUUAAAUUAGAUAUUCAAUUUCUCAACAAAACAAAUUGCAGGGAUUACUGCCAUUCUUCUUUCUUUAAAGGCAGACAAAUAUUGCACAAUAACUAUUACUCUCGGUUACCUUUUCACUGAGAAAAAAAAUUGUUACACAAAUUCUAGGUAUUUUAAAUUGUUUUGCAUUCCACUUUUUUUUUUCCAACAUUUUAGUUUCCUUUCAUGGAGGGCUUAUAAAUAUACUGUUUUGUAUGUAAAUAACCAAACCAAUGUCUGUUCAAUUGUUCUGAUGCUGUAUAAAGAAAACUCAGAUGUUAAUUAUGGAAGCAGCUUUUUUAUUUUUUUUGCGUUUGGGUUGUGUCUUGGAGGGUGGACUUAUGUAAAUUAGUGUGCGGCAGUACUGCUGCUGUUGAAUGCGGUCAAUGCUGACAUAGAAACAAUGCAACAUGAUUCUUCCAGGGGUUUUUCCAUUUUGGUUUUGUUUCAUUUUUGGUUUAAAUAAGGGGACUGGGAGGGCCUUUGUGACAGCAUUGCCAUGCAGUGCAAAAUACUCAAACUGAAAAGUAAUGUAGAAUUAAAGUAAUUCUGUGUAUAAACAAACUAAAUAUUAACUUUUUAGUGUUUUUUUUUUUUUUUUAUGUAGUGAUUAGUCAAAGGAAAAAAACCUGGAUGGAUCGAUGUUUUGCACUGUUUCGCCCUCUAAGUGUCAUUUAAACUAGAGGUGGAUGAGACCCAUUGUGUUGCCUUAUUUUGAGUUGAUUCCAUUUUAACCAACCGAGUAUCAUGAGAGUAGGCAGUGCCUAAGGAUAUUUUCAGACCUUAUGUUUUUUGUUUGUUGGUUUUAUUUUUUUUGGAUAAUGUUGAUGCUACUAUCAUGUGUUUUUGCUUUGUCCCAUUAAAAAUGCUGAUGCGUACCAACACACUUUCAGA